UCUCAAUCGUGACCAAUCAACGAAACUGCUGCCUAAAGUUCAUGCUUUGUAUAAAAGUCGCAGAGUUCAGCACAACCGCUUCCGAGACAGUGGAAACUUGCAACACCUCUCAAGAAGCUUCCAAGUGAGAUUUGACAGGUACCGCAACACGAAAAUGCCCCCAAUCACCCUCUGGUUCCUCCAAGCCUCCCGUUGCAUUCGAAUCGCGUGGCUUCUCGAAGAGUUGCAUCUCGACUACGACGUCAAGUUCUUUGACCGCGAAAACGGAAUAGCACCUCAAGCAUUAAAAAGCGGGUCCGGCAACCCACUAGGCAAAGCACCCACGCUGCAAGACGGUCCUCUUACGAUCUACGAAAGCGGGGCUAUCACCAGAUAUCUCUGCGAGAAAUACGACAAACAAGCCCGCUUGAUCCCACAUCCUGCCUACGAGGUCGAUCGCAUCAAAGUCCAACAAUGGAUCCACGCGUCUGAAGCCACAUUUAUACUCCACGCGCUUGCGAUUUCUUCUGCGCGCUCGACCAUCCCGGAGCCGGGGAAGUCGAAUGGGGCUCUAAAGGAGAUGGAGAAGAAGAUGUCCGGGAACGUGCAGAAUGACGUCGAUUGGCUGGAGGCUGAGUUGGGGCAGAGCAAUGGAAAGUUUUUGCUCGGCAAGGAAGUGACGGCGGCGGAUAUUAUGAUGCAUAUUUCGAUAGUUUUUAUUCUAAAAAGGGAGCUGGGGACGCAGGGGAGGACGUGGCCGAAGGUAGAGCAGUGGUUGAAGGAUUGUGAGGCGACGGAUAGUUACAAGAGAGCUGUGCAGAAGACGGGGCAUAAAGUUUGAGGGAAUGCGGCUUCUCAACCGCGAGUAUUCGAUAAGAUAAGACAGCGUACAAAAGUCCAAUAGCACAAGUUAACGUGGUGCUUAAAAGUAGUAAGAACGCUACACGCCAUAAAGAACACUUCGGCAGCACAAGAGAGAGAGAGAGAGAGACAGAGAGAGUCUUGGGAGUAGGGAAGUCCAUCUUAUCACCUAAUAAUUACCAUUCCUUCGGGUCAAAAGUAUCACCGGGUGCGACUUUGGCUUGAACGGCAGUAUCCGCGACAUCCUUGGCUGUGUGGAUCGCAGUGUUACCCC